AUGGCAGCUGCAAAGAAAUCUGACGUUGAUGUUCAGCAGAACACGUCUUCGGAGGAGUCUGAUUUCCAAAAGAAUGAGACGGACUUUUCAUCCAUGGAAAACGAAGACUUGAAGGGUCCCGCCCAAAUAGGAAAGCUUCAUCGGUUGAUCAAGCUGUUGGAGAUUCGUGGUACGGAGCACCUUAGUUCUUCGCAGCUUUUCUUGUACAAUGAGGACCUUAGACCUCUAGAGGAGAAGAGAAGACUAUGGUCAUGGUUUAACUUCGUCUGCUUCUGGCUUGCCGACUCUGUCAACCUGAACACUUUGCAAAUUGCAAGUACUGCCAUCGACUCAGGCUUGUCUUUUGGUGCAGCCUGGGGCACAGUUUGGCUUGGCUACUUUAUCGUUGGUUGCUUCAUCACUCUUGCUGGACGUAUCGGUACUUUCUAUCACAUUUCUUUCCCUGUUUCAUGCAGAUCUUCCUUUGGCAUCUGGGGCUCCCUAUGGCCUGUCAUCAAUCGUGUUUUUAUGGCAUGUGUCUGGUUUGGUGUCCAAAGUUCCAUUGGUGGCCAGUGCAUGCAGCUCAUGCUAAAGGCCAUCUUUGGCAACGAUUUGGAUACAAGAAUCCACGACACAAUCCACUCAGAUGCCAUUGAUUCUUUUGGUGUGCUGUCCUUCUUCAUCUUCUGGAUUUGCCAGCUCCCUUUUAUCUACAUGCAUCCUCACACCGUUCGCCACUUGUUCACCGUCAAAGCUCUCAUCUGUCCCUUUGCCGCCUUUGGCUUCUUGAUCUGGACCAUGGCAAAAGCUGGCGGUGCAGGCCCUGUCGUGCGCCAACCUUCAAAAGUUCACGGUUCAACGCUUGCAUGGACUUUUAUCAAAGCCACCAUGAACUCGCUUGCCAACUUCUCCACUUUGGUUAUCAACGAUCCCGAUUUCACCCGUAUGUCCAAAACCCCACGUUCUGCAACCUGGUCCCAGCUCUUGACUAUUCCAAUUUGCUUUUCCAUCACCUGUCUUAUCGGUAUUCUUGUUUCUUCUGCAUCCACAAUUUUGUACGGUACAACUUACUGGGACCCACUUGAUGUCUUGGAGAGGUUUUUGGAUUCUGAAAAAAGCGGUUCUAGAGCCGGUGUUUUCUUUGUGGCCCUAGGAUUUGCGUUGGCCCAAGUUGGUACCAACAUUUCGGCAAAUUCCAUCUCUGCAGGUACCGACAUGACUGCUUUGCUACCAAAGUUCAUGAACAUCAGACGCGGUGGCUUUAUCUGUGCUUUCAUUGGCUUUGCCAUCUGCCCUUGGAACUUGCUCACUUCUUCUUCCAUGUUUACUACCUAUCUUUCAGCAUACGCUGUUUUCCUUUCAGCUAUAGCUGGUGUUGUUUUCUGUGACUACUACAUUUGCAAGAAGGGUUGUGUCAUUCUUCGUGAUUUGUACGUUGCCGAUAACUCGAGCAAGUACUACUUCUGGCAUGGAAUCAACCUCAGGGCCUAUGCCGCCUACAUUUGCGGUAUUCUUCCAAAUAUUGUUGGUUUUGUUGGUGCAACCGGACACACUGUUCCAGUUGGAGCUUCAUAUGUUUAUGAUUUAUCUUUCAUUACGGGAUAUCUCUCCUCUGCCGCAGUUUAUCUCGUGUUGAACCUAAUCUGGCCUUCCCGUGCCAAUUCAGGCAAGAUUUUCGAAAAGAAAUGGCUUGAGGAGUGGCAAGAAGUUGAAGACUUUGAUGAAUUCUUCAGAUUGAAGUAUCAUGGUGUUGAUCCAGAAAAAGUGGAUGGCACGGAUGUGCUUACCAGUGUCUAA